CUCCCAAAUUAUGUAACAGCCAAUAGCCACUGUGAGUGUGGUAUAAUUGUACGCAUUUCUUCUCCGGGAAAUUCAAUAGCUCGCUCGCUCGCCCCCUCCUCCUUCCUCAUUUCUCCCAGUAGCCAUCUUCAUCUCAACAACAGCAAACCUCUUGAAUUUCUAGUACAUAUAAGAAAACUUGAUGGGCUGUAACACAAGAGAAAAGCAAAUCCGUGCCAGUCGGAAGACCCGAUCGUCCAAACCCGACCCUGAACAUGUCAAGAACAACACAUGCAUCAACGUUUCGGAGAGGCCAGCGCUUUUUAAAUCCUCCCUGGAAUCGGGAAUCCGACCUUCGAAUGGCUGUGCAGCAAACGACGGUUCGGCCAAAACCUCAUCAAACCCGAACUUGAAUUCAGGAACCAGAGUUGACGAAAAUGGCUGGGGUUACUGUACCGAGGAACAACUGGAAGAAAUUCUGUUGAAAAAUUUGGAGUUUCUGUAUAAGGAGGCGGUGGUUAAGCUUGUCUCGUUUGGCUAUGAAGAGGACGUCGCUUUGAAGGCUAUACUAAAGAACGGGUUUUGCUAUGGCGGAAUGGAUGUGCUUACCAAUAUCCUGCAUAACUCUUUGUCCUACUUAAACAGUUCUGACAGUAAACACGUUGAUGAUUCCGAGAACAACAAUUUCACGGAAUUGAAGCAGAUGCAAGAAUACUCCUUGGCAGGCAUGGUUUGUUUACUGCAGCAGGUCAAACCAAAUUUGAGCAAAGGGGAUGCAAUGUGGUGUUUGCUAAUGAGUGAUCUUCACGUGGGCCGUGCCAGCGUGAUGGAUGUUCCCCUUCUUCCCCAACCAAAUGGCACAACCCCUUCCAUGUGUAAGUUUCACGAGAACCCGAAUGAUUUAAUUGGGAAUUUCUUGCAGAAAGAGAUCGAAUGCCCAAAGAGGUUUAAUCUCACCCCUUCAAUGAAGAAUUUGCUCAAGAGGAAUGUUGCUGCUUUUGCUGCCGGAUUUCGGUCAAACUCCAAAUCUCCUCAACACCAACUGAGAAAUGCACCUGGAGGAGUGGUAGUAGAAGAAGAACAAGAAGAAGAAGGCGUUCCUGGGAAAGGCGAGGAUCAAUCCAGCGCCGGCCAAGACGUUGUCCUAUCCGUUUUGAGCAAAUUCCGUGAUCUGAACCUCGAAGAGAGUGUGGAUCAAAAGGAGGAGACGAUUGUGAGUUUGGUCCGCCAAGCAAAGGACCUUGAGAGGCAAGUUAAGGAACGUAAGGAGUGGGCCCAUCAAAAAGCAAUGCAAGCAGCAAGGAAGCUCAGCAAUGACUUAACUGAACUUAAGAUGCUGAGGAUGGAAAGGGAGGACACACAAGGUGUGAAGAAGGGGAAGCAGGUUCUGGAAGAUAAUACCAUGAAGAGACUCACAGAAAUGGAGAACGCUCUCCGCAAAGCAAGCGGCGAGGUGGACCGCGCCAACUCAGCAGUGAAGAAGCUUGAGAAUGAGAAUGCAGAAAUUAGAGCAGAAAUGGAGGCUUGUAAACUUAGUGCUUCAGAAUCUGCAAUUAUGUGUAUGGAGGUUGCAAAAAGGGAGAAAAAAUGCUUGAAGAAGCUUUCCGUUUGGGAGAAACAGAAAUCUAAACUUCAAGAGGAUAUUGCAGCUGAGAAGCAGAAGAUUUCGGAUUUGGUAGCACAACUUGCUCAGGUUGAGGCAUCUCAAAAGGUAGCCAAGGCAAAGUGGUGGGAGGAACAGAAGGCAAAAGAUGAAGCAAUAGCACAAGUAGAGGAAGAAAGAAGGCUUAAAGAAGCGAGCGAAGCUACUAAUAAAAGAAAGUUGGAGGCACUACGCCUCAAGUUAGAAAUAGACUUUGAGAGACAGAAAGACGAUCUCCAACGUCUGGAACAAGAACUUUCCCGCCUCAAGUUGUCCACCGCGGAUAAGCACAUAAACAAUCAUGAUUCUGUCAACUCUUCCCCUGGGGACAUUGCCAGUUUGCUGCAGGAAUUAAACAACUUUGAUGCUCAAGAAAAGGAGGAAGGUAGCAAAAGUGACAGAGAAUGCAUACUUUGCUUGAAGGAUGAGGUUUCUGUUGUUUUCCUGCCUUGUGCUCACCAGGUUUUAUGCUCCACUUGCAAUGAAAACUAUGGAAAGAAGGGGAGAGCUAUUUGUCCGUCCUGCCGGGUACCGAUUGAACAACGCAUUCGCGUUUUUGGUGCGUCCUCUUAAGCACUAUAGUAGAAGUAAAUGAUGACAUUAUCAUAGGUAGCAAAAGCAGAAAAAAAGUAACUACUUUUCUUUGUUUGUGUUGGUGGGUGUCUUCUAAGAAGGCAGACAUAUAUAUGAUGUAAAACAAUCUGUUGAUGUUUGUUUUGCAAGUUCCAGCAGGAUGAGACUCUCUCUCUCUCUCUCUCUCUCUCUCUCUCUCUAUGUAUACAUGUUUCUUUCUGUGGUAGAGCAGUUCCCAGAUCCGCU